AUGUCCAAGAAUAACCCAGAGAAGAUAAUCACUGCCGAUCAAGUCGCACAGCACAACACGAGAGAAUCGUGCUGGAUAAUCGUCCACGGGCGAGUGUACGACGUGACAGAAUUCCUGCCAGAUCAUCCAGGUGGAAUGCGCAUUAUACUCAAGUACGCUGGCCAAGAUGCGACUGAGGAGUACGAUCCGAUACAUCCUCCUGACGCGAUAGUGGAUAAUCUGCCGCCAUCGAAGCACCUCGGCAGGCUAGAUGAAGGGAGUGUGGAGAGUAUCAAACAGGAACAGCGCAUCCCGACAGAAGAAGAGCGCGAGAUGGCCCACCGCCACUCCACCAAACCCGCCUUAUCGGAAUGUAUAUCACUCCACGAUCUUGAAACAGUCGCGCGGCACGUAAUGCCCAGCAAAGCGUGGAUGUACUACAGCUCAGGAGCCGACGACGAGAUAACCCUGCGCGCUAACCACUCGGCAUACCACCGCAUCUGGUUCCGGCCUCGCGUCAUGCGCGAUGUGAGUAGGGUGCACUUCAGUACGAGCUUGUUGGGACAAAAGUCUAGCAUGCCCCUCUAUGUCACCGCAACUGCUUUAGGUAAAUUGGGUCACCCGAUGGGUGAACUUAACCUCACUCGCAGCGCUGCCAAGCAUGGUGUCAUUCAGAUGAUUCCUACACUCGCCUCAUGCAGUUUUGACGAAAUUCGCAGCGCUGCAUUGGAAAAUCAGACUCAGUGGCUGCAGCUUUACGUUAAUCGCAAUCGCGAUAUUACUGAGAAGAUCGUACGCCGUGCUGAAAGUAGUGGCGUUAAAGGCCUCUUCGUUACCGUUGACGCACCGCAGCUGGGCAGACGCGAGAAGGAUAUGCGGAUGAAGUUCGACGAUGUUGGUACGGAUGAGCAGAAAGAGUCAGGGGAGAAAAUCGAUAGGAGUCAGGGAGCUGCACGCGCAAUCUCGUCUUUCAUCGAUCCCUCUCUCAAUUGGAACGAUAUGGGGUGGCUGAAGAGCAUCACUAAUAUGCCCAUUGUUCUCAAGGGCGUUCAGUGCUGGCAGGAUGCCGUGCUAGCUGCGCAGCACGGUUGCGCUGGAGUUGUACUGAGUAACCAUGGCGGACGACAACUAGAUUUCGCACCUUCUGGUGUGGAGAUACUGCCGGAAGUUAUGAGUGCUUUGAGAGACCACGGCGUGUCAACUGAUAAGUUCCAAGUCUUUGUGGAUGGAGGGGUUCGUCGUGCAAGUGACAUCAUCAAGGCUGUCGCACUGGGUGCCAAGGCGGUCGGCAUAGGCAGACCAUUCAUCUACGCUUAUUCGGCGUAUGGAGAGGAAGGAGUGGACCGGGCAAUGGAGAUACUGCGCGAUGAGUUUGAGAUGUGCUUGAGAUUGCUCGGCGCCAGGUCGCUUGAUGAGGUCACGCCGGAGAUGGUCAAUUGCUCUAAUCUCGGAAGCGCUGAUAUACCCAAAGAUUAUCUUUUUACUGGAAAUUACGAGAGAUUGAGUGGACUAAAUGAUAAGAUGAGUAAGCUGUAG